AAAAUCUCUGAAAUGGACUCCACACAUAACAUGACAUCUAGCAGCCGAUGACAAAACUGCGUGUGUCUUCUUCUUUCUCUCCGGCAGAAAUCACGAUGUCGACUGGAACACUUUACACUUAUCCCGAGAACUUCCGCGCAUACAAGGCCCUCAUCGCGGCCCAGUACUCUGGCGCAAAGGUGAAAGUGGCCGAGGACUUCAAGUUUGGCGAGUCCAACAAAUCGGCGGAAUUCCUAAAGAAGUUCCCCUUCGGCAAGGUGCCCGCAUUUGAGACCGCUGAUGGUAAAUACCUGAGCGAGUCGAAUGCCAUUGCCUACUUUUUGGCCAAUGAGCAGCUUCGUGGUGGCAAGUGCCCCUUUGCACAGGCUGAGGUGCUGCAAUGGACUUCGUUUGCUGACAACGAAAUCUUGCCGGUCUCCUGCGCAUGGGUGUUCCCGCUGCUUGGCAUUAUGCCACAGCAGAAGAACGCGAAUGUCAAGCAGGACGCCGAGGUUGUGCUGCAGCGUCUGAACAAGAAGCUGUUGGAUGUUACCUACCUCGUGGGUGAGCGUAUCACUCUGGCUGACAUUGUUGUCUUCGCCAGCCUGUUGCAUCUGUACCAGUACGUGCUGGAGCCAAGUGUGCGCCGUGAUUAUGUCAAUUUGAACCGUUGGUUCGUUACCAUUCUGAACCAGCCACAGGUUCAGGCUGUUGUCAAGGAUUUCAAGCUGUGCGAGAAGGCACUAGUCUACGAUCCCAAGAAGUAUGCUGAAUUCCAGGCUAAGACCGGAACAAAGCAGCAGCAGCCAGCCAAACAGAAGGAGGAGAAGAAGCCCAAGGAAAAGAAGGAGGCAAAGAAGGAAGAGCCUGAGGAGCUUGAUGCUGCCGAUGAGGCUUUGGCCGCUGAACCCAAAUCGAAGGAUCCCUUCGAUGCCCUGCCCAAGGGUACCUUCAACUUUGAUGACUUCAAGCGCGUCUAUUCCAACGAGGAUGAAUCGAAGUCCAUUCCUUAUUUCUUCGAGAAGUUUGAUCCCGAGAACUAUUCCAUCUGGUUCGGCUCAUACAAAUACAAUGAGGAGCUCUCCAAGGUGUUCAUGUCUUGCAAUCUGAUCACUGGCAUGUUCCAGCGCUUGGACAAGAUGCGCAAGCAGGCAUUCGCCUCAGUGUGCCUUUUCGGCGAGGACAACAACAGCUCCAUCUCUGGUGUGUGGGUGUGGCGCGGACAGGAGCUGGCCUUCCCCCUGUCGCCCGACUGGCAGAUCGACUACGAGGUCUAUGACUGGAAGAAAUUGGAUCCCAAGAGCGAGGAGACCAAGAAGCUUGUUACCCAGUACUUCUCAUGGUCCGGCACCGACAAGGAUGGCCGUAAAUUCAACCAGGGCAAGAUUUUCAAAUAAGUUGCAAACACAAUAUAUCUAAUCGAGAUUCAACAUGCAGCAGCGCAGGGCAGCAAUCACAAUGCCCAUUUCUAUUUCUAAGUUCCAACUGAUUAGUAACGAUAUAUAAGUGAAUCGGAAACGUCGUGCUGUAUUACCAUCUAAAUAUAUAUACAUAAUGUCCUGGUUUGCCCAGCACGCCAAAUCUUUUGUAUUUCAAAU